AUGGACAGAGAGUCCUUGAUGACCACGAUCCAAGAGGAGAACUCGGGUGUGGAGUUUAGUUUUGAGAAAGUGACACCUGUUAUAAAAUCAUCAGGAAAGUUGCUGAGUCCCUUGAAUCUAGUAAAUUAUUCGGAGCCAAGUCCUGCAAAGUCAAUAGACUCAAUGGGAUUUAAGCAUAUCACUCCUUUGAAUAUUCUUUCUGCAGAACACGAUAAAGAACAUAAGAAGGCUCUCAAAGAGAUAGAAAUUAAUAAGAGUGGUGACAGACUUUCUGAAAUACCCGGUUCGUUUCCAUAUCAGUCCGUUGAUGAAAUUACUAACGAGAAUGCAGCAGUGGUUGCAAAUGAGUUGGAUAGGUUGAAACUGAAAACCAACAAAAAGAAUUCAAGUGGAAGCGGCCAGCAAUUGGGUCAGGAUGUUUCCUACGGAAAGUACAGACAAAGCGUGGCUUCCUCCUUAUUUUUCACUGCUUCUUCUGGGUCUUCUAGAGCGUCAUACUCUCAAAACAAUUCCUAUGCAAAUGAUCUCGAAGGAUUUGAUGAUGACUCAACGAGACAUAAUGUGACUGAGACUCUUCAUUCUAGAGAUCAUAGUGAUGCGUCAAGCUCAGCUUUUUCUUAUUUGAAGGCAGCCGAAAUUAUCACUGUUUCGAACCAAUCCUUCCCUUCCAACCCUUCCGCCUCUGAUGGGUCCAAGCGUCAUAAUAGAUCAGACAGUUCACCUAGUCAUUCUUCAAGUAAUGAUGAUGACUACGGCUUUUUUGACAACGGACUAAUGGAACCAUCCCACGUCUUUAAUGGAAAUAUGUCUAGCCCUAUGGCAACAACCCCUUUAGUCGGAACAUUCAACAUAGACAGUGAUGAGACUCCAAGAAUCAAUCAAGUAAAUUCACCACCUCCUGUAAAGCCAAACGAUCGUUCGACUACUGAUACCUUUGAACCUAAAGGUUUGAAUUUUCGAAAUACAGCUGUUUCAACUACUUCAAGUUGGUACCCUCCAAAUUCCAAUACUAACGCACACAGAAACACCCAGGAUACUAUAAAUGAAAAACUAAACGAAACUGAUUCUGAUGAUGCGGAUGCAUCCUCAAAUCAUGAAAGCUCACAUAGCUUUCACCCUAGUGACGAAGACCAGAUGCGCAAUUCAAGAAUGAGUCUUCAACUUUCAAGCCAGGAAACUAACGAUUUGACAAAGAGAGAGAAUUCUUCCAGUCAAAUGAACAAGAUUGUGAGCAAUCACUCUUCUCAACAGCCUGAGCUUGUAGAUGAUGAUUACACUUAUUCUUCAUUAUAUGUUGUUGCGAUUCAUAAAUUUGAUGCCUCAACACUACAAUCAGGUAAUGACUCGUCAAUUUGCCUCUCCUUUGACAAAGGAGAUUUGGUGUUUACCUAUCUGGUAGAUAAAAGUGGCUGGGGUGAAGUCAUAUUACUGAAUACUUUAAAGAGAGGUUGGGUUCCAAUGAAUUACUUCAAACCUGCAAUACCGGAAAGCAUACCUGAGCAAGCCAAGAGUCUUUCCCCCAAUGCCUACCUUGCAUUUUCAAAAAAGCCAUUGGCCAGAUUGUUUGUGGCAAGUGCAAAGUUUUUACUAGAGCCUACCGUAAAGCCCAUUUACUCGUCAACUAGCAAAGAAAUAAAGGGGUAUUCGUUUGAUAAUGGUUCCAUAAAUGGAAUAAGAGAUGGUGUCCGCAGGUUAUUAGAAGAUACGAAUUGUAUCUCGAGGACAACGGACGUUGUGAAAAGCAAGCCAAUCAUUCGAAAGGUUCGUAAGAGUUUGUUGCGUGAUUGGUACAACCUUAUGGUAAAAGCUCAACAAUAUAGAAACACCAUUGAUAUUACCAAAAUUGAAAUUCUGCAAUUAAUGGUCUAUCAAGUAGUACGCAAGGCCAUCGCUUUUUUGGAGAUCUGGGGUUUGGAAUCUGAAUCUAUUGCUUCUGAACCUGUUAAAGUGGAAAAGAUCAAUCAGGCCCUUCGAUCUGAGACCAUGACAGCUAGCGAAGGAGCAUUGCCGUGUUUAUCUGAAUCACCAUUUGCCAAGGACAGAUUACAGACGAUAUACAAGUAUAGCAUAUCUUACCUAUCAUUAAUCAUGGGCCGUUUAGACAUAAUUGAAAAUAAUUAUGUUGGAUGCAAGUACCUCGAGAAUUUGACUCAUCAAAUCAUCAAUUUAAUGAAGGAGUUAUUGCUCAUUGGAAAAACGUGUCAGGAGAAGCUUACAGAUUACAGUAACCACCGAAGUCAACUUGUCAAACUUGACAACUCAUUAGAUACAAUUCUGUCACAUAUCAGUGAACUUGUAACUUCCGUUAAAGUGUUCAUCUCAAGAACAAUGAAUCAGCUAGCUUCCCAAGGAAAGAAACAAUUAAUGGACAAUUACAAUCAAACGAAUGGAAUAAAGAAUCUCGACAAUGAUGAGAACUACUAUUAUACUAUUGAAGGCGGCAAGAUCAUUAAAACCUGUAGUAAGAUGGUUGUAAAAAUAGGUGAAGCAACAGCCACAUUGAAGGGUCUCCUAGAUAUCACAAACGAUUUCCAGUUACCUGGUGAGAAACAACAUAUCGAUUUUGAUUCGGCAAAAGUCGAUGCUUCAGCCUUUAUCAAGGCAUGUUCUGAGAGUUUGAUGAAGAAUAACCAAAUUAGCGCCAAAGUGCAAAAACAUGUUCAAUCUAAUAGGUCAGUUUCUGCCAGAAAUGUACAAGACAACCGAAAGUCAAAAAGAUUUUCAAUGUUUAAAAGUGGAGUUCCUGGAGGAUUUGACUUGAAACCGGAAGCAUUGGACUCUUUGUCAAACUUUCUGCCUGAUGUCACACCUUCAUCUCCGUUCAUUUCGAAUGAUGAAGAGUUCACAAAGUUUCAACACGCAAAUGAGAAUUCAACUAGUGAUGAGCUUAAAGGUUACGAGUAUCGUAGUGAUCUUAACAAGUUUCAUGACAUAUAUGCUGGAGUGGAAUCAGAGAUUGUCAGAAGCAAUGAAGACGGUACAAUUCUUGGUGCAUCAUUCAGGGCUCUUGUUUACAUGCUCACAAACGAAGCAACACCUCCAAACUAUUUCUUUAUAUCGGUGUUUUUUCUAACAUUUAGAAUUUUUUCCACUAGUAACGAUCUCCUGGAAGAAUUAGUAAUCAGGUUUGAUAUUGACGACAAGCAGUUGAAGAAUGAGUCCAAGAUGGAAUCAGUGGAUCGAACCACAGCCGAUACUCUCACAUUAAAAUCAAAACUUACUUCUAGAAGAAGGUUGAUUUGUAAAACGUUUCGAUUAUGGAUGGAGAGUUAUUGGAAACAUAGUUCUGAUUAUCCUCUUCUUGCAACUCUCAUUAAUUUUUUCAAUGAAGGUAUAAGUGAAUACUUGCCUCUUGAGGCUAUGAAAUUGCUGGAGAUCGCUUCUAAUCUGAUGAGCGAUCCUCCAGUUGAGAAUGACAAGGACCGCUUCGAAUACUACAACAGUAUCGCUAAUACCAAGCAAUUGGUCAAACGAAAAAUUAUCGAUACUCGUGAAGCUAGAGGCUUCUCUGGCUUGUCUUUUUUGUCAUCAGGCAUCGAAGAUGAAGUAAACGAAUUGGAAAGAAUCGAAACCACUAGUUCCAUCUCUUCAAGAUUAUCUCAAAAAUCCUUUGCCUUGCCCUCAUCCAGGAGCUUAGUUACGUUAGGCUCCUUACUAUCCGACCAAGAUAACUCUAAGAUUCGUGCAUUAUGUCUGGGUUAUAGAAGAAUGUUACAAGGACAUUGGCAGGCCAAUACAUACAACGAUGCGAUUAGCAAACAGUUUCCAACAAUCGAAACAGACCAACAAAUUGAAAUGUGGUGGAAAAUCUGCCAAGAAAGGUGGAAACUUCCAGAGACACCUCUUACUCUAUUAAACUUUAAUAUUAAUGAACUGGCCAAGCAGUUGACACUUCUUGAAAGUCGGUUAUUUUGUUCAAUUAAAGUUGAAGAACUGCUGAAUCAAAACUUUACUGCCAAGAAACUGGACCUUAAUCUCUCUCCUAAUAUUCAUAGAUCAGUUUUGUUCACCAAUUGUCUUUCAGAAUAUGUGCUAGACAGUAUACUAACACCAAGUCUCAGCUCAAAACAAAGAUCGGGUGUAUUCAAACAAUGGUUAAAGGUUGGAGCAUCUUGUCUCGAGCUGAGAAAUUAUAAUUCACUGGCUGCUAUCAUGACUUCCUUACAAAGCUUUUUACUAACGAGAAUUAAUGAACUGAUUCCCUCGUUGUCUACUAAGAACAAGGAGUUAUACGACUAUCUUAUCACAAUAAUCCACCCUGAAAAGAAUUACUCCGUUUAUAGAGGAAAACUCAGGGCAUUUUUGGAGUCCUCAUCCUCCAAGAUUCCAAUCGUACCCUACCUGAGUUUGUUUUUGCAGGAUUUAACAUUUGUGGUGGAUGGUAAUCCAAACUACAGAAAGUCAACUAGUAAGCUACUUCCUCAAAAGUUGAUCAAUGUGGACAAGUACUACAAGGUAACGUCCAUAGUAUCUAACUUAGAAGAGUUACAAGUUCCGUACCCAGACAUUCCACCUGAACACUCUAAUAUGGAUAACUUAUUCAACAAACUGCAGGGUCAGGUUGUAGGAAGAAGGUUUUCUGUGUUCUCCCGAACUAGUAAAGCUAGUGGUAUUGCACUAAGUGAGAAUGCUCUCAAGUAUGGAAUGACUGGAAUUCUUGAGUUCCAAGAGCUUAUACUGUUAGAGAUUUGGAAAAUAAAGCAGUUAAACCUUUCUGACGAAGACAGAGCUUGGAAGAUGAGCUGCAAGAUUCAGCCCAGAGGUGACUGA